AUGAGCUGGAGCUUCCUGACCCAUCUGUUGGAGGAGAUAUCUCUGCACUCGACGUACCUGGGCAAGCUCUGGCUCACCACGUUCCUGAUUUUGCGCAUCAUGCUGACUAUCGCGGCGGGCGAAUCCAUCUACCACGACGAGCAGAGCUCGUUCAUGUGCAACUCGCAACAGCCGGGCUGCACAAACGUCUGCUACGACUCCUUCGCUCCCCUCUCCUACGUGCGCUUCUGGAUUUUUCAGAUUAUCACCGUGGCGGCGCCCAGCAUUCUCUACCUCGCCUUCGCCAUACACAGGAUACAGAGGUCUAGUAGAGUUCAUUCCCGCGUCGUUAUCCGCAGGUCAGAAGGCUCGACCGGCCACAAAAAGCACCGACGGACCGAGCAAGCCGAGGAGAAUGUCCAAGCGGAGAAAGGAGGGGAGUUUGCCGACGAGGCUGGCGAGGUCAAGAAGAACGACCACAGAUGGCACGACGGGCGCCGCGCGAUCCGGGCCGACGGCCUCAUGUGGGCGUACACGCUGCAGCUCGUCCUGCGCACGGUGGCCGAAGUGGGCUUCCUUCUGGGCCAGUACGUGAUGUACGGCUUGGAGGUGAUCCCCCGCUUCGAGUGCCCCCGCCGCCACCCUUGCCGCCACCGCGUCGACUGCUUCGUGUCGAGGCCCACGGAGAAGACCGUCUUCCUGUACGUGAUGUACGCCGUGGGCGGCCUCAGCCUGGCUCUCGACCUGGCCGAGCUGUGGCACCUGGGGAUGGGCGCCCUCGGGGACUUGUUGCCAGGCAGCCGAGCCAAGCGCCAGCAACGGAUUGCGAACGGCGAUCCUCCUCCUCCGCCUCCUCCUCCUCCUCCUCGUCGCGCGGCCGAGACGGAGGAGGCCGCCCCCCGGCAGGUGGCGAUAACGCCGGCGGCUGCAUCGCAGCUGCAAGGUUACCUGCGCGCGAUACAGCGGCGGCUGGAGCUGACGGUUUCCCCACCACCCCGACGGGCCAGGGCAACGCGGGGAUACGGGGAGAGCGGAGCAGGGAGAGGUGGGGGAGGCGGAGAGGGAGGACGGCGGGAGACUCCGGCCUUACGCUCGGCCGCGGUGGCCGUGAGCAAAAACCCCCAAGUGCAGCUCGGCAAGAAAUACGAAGUGGCGGCGGCGGCAGACGAAGUAGGAGAUUCCGGAGAAGAACAAGGAGAGGUCAAGGCCGCCUCUAGGAAGGGAAGGGCCGUCCGAACGAAGAAAUAUCCAACCAUCUCAGUUUAA